AACGCAUCGCCAAAUAAUUUUUAAUUUUAUAGUCUCAUUUUUUUCCUCUUCACCAUGUCCCGGGGCUCCGUACAACCGAAAUUACACAGCCAUAUUUUUAAUAAGCAGAAAUGGAAAGAGUAGUUUGCUAUUCCGAAAUCAACCACUGAUCAAUCCGAUCGAAUCUUUUUUUUUAACUGAGCUUGUUCAAGAUUUGAAUCAUUGAAUGAAUCAAAUCUCCACCACAACACGCAAACUUCCCACAGCUGCGUAUCACUUCUGACCAUGGUCGUUUUAGUUGAAUUUUUAUAUAAUGCGAUUGGUUAAAAAAAAAAAAAACUUUAGCCUAUAUUAUUAAAAGUGGGUUAACCGCUGUUAAAUAAGGUGUCUUCCCCUUUGGCGAAAUCACAGACAGCGAGUGACAGAUAAACGGGUAUUUAAUCUGCUGGCAGAUGUGCGUUUCCAUCAGAGCGCCGGCACAAGAUUUAAUCAUUUCCUCGGUGUACCAAAGAGCAAAGACGUUAUCGAGGUCGACCGCUACCAGAUUUGAAGUUAAUCUUCACAACGGAUCCAUGUUUGCGGAUCAGAGAGUCGCCAGUGCCCUCAAUUGAGCUCGCGCGCACGGACUGGGAGUCGCGCGGUCCCUGUCAGAAACACCACUAUGUCCUGAAAGCACCGCGGGAAGGGAAGCACCGCUUAUUCUAGAAAGUGAUGCCCAGUUAGCACCUAUGGAUGUGAGGAUGGGUGAUUCCCACCAGUACGAGUGAGUGGAAAGAUGCUGCUCGGAUGGAAAUCAUUCCUGUAUGGAUACACAAAGAAGAAGGAUAUGCAUGUUGAGUGUGUCUCCUGCAGGUGUCCCAUGCUGAAGGGGACAGGUGUGAGCUUCGUCCUGCUGUGUCUGAUGGCAGAGGUCAGUUUCAGCGCGCAGCAGGUCUUGAGGAUCGGUGGGAUUUUCGAGACACUUGAGAAUGAACCGAUUAGCGUGGAGGAACUUGCCUUCAAAUUCGCUGUAACCAACAUUAACAGAAAUAGGACUUUAAUGCCCAACACCACCCUCACCUACGACAUCCAGAGAAUCAACCUGUUCGACAGCUUCGAGGCCUCUAGACGAGCCUGUGAUCAGCUGGCUCUCGGUGUGGCCGCGGUGUUCGGCCCGUCCCACAGUUCUUCAGUGAGUGCGGUCCAGUCCAUCUGUAACGCGCUGGAGGUUCCUCACAUCCAGACCCGCUGGAAACACCCGUCUGUGGACAACAAAGACAGCUUCUACAUCAACCUGUACCCAGACUACGCCUCCAUCAGCCGCGCUGUGCUGGACAUCGUGCAGUUCUACAAGUGGAAGGCCGUGACGGUGGUGUACGAGGACGCGACAGGGCUAAUUCGUCUUCAGGAGCUGAUCAAGGCUCCGUCGCGGUACAGCAUCAAGAUCAAAAUCCGACAGUUACCGAUAGGAAGUAAAGAUGCCCGGCCGCUUCUUAAAGAGAUGAAGAAGGGGAAAGAGUUUUGUGUCAUCUUCGACUGCUCGUACCAGACCGCAUCAGACGUCCUCAAACAGCUGUUGUCUAUGGGCAUGAUGACAGAAUACUACCAUUUCUUUUUUACCACUCUGGAUCUGUUUGCGCUGGACCUGGAGCCGUACAGAUACAGCGGGGUGAACAUGACGGGCUUUCGUCUGCUCAACAUCGGCAACCCUCAGGUGGCGUCGGUGGUGGAGAAAUGGUCCAUGGAGCGACUGCAGUCUCCACCCAAACCUGAGACCGGCCUGCUGGACGGAAUGAUGACAACUGAAGCGGCGUUGAUGUACGACGCGGUGUAUAUGGUCGCAGCCGCGUCCCAGCGAGCGUCCCAGGUCACCGUGAGCUCACUGCAGUGUCACCGCCACAAACCCUGGCGCUUCGGAUCCAGGUUCAUCAGCCUGUUCAAAGAGGCUCAGUGGAACGGCCUGACCGGACAGAUAGUUAUAAACAAGACGGACGGCUUAAGGAAAGAUUUUGACCUGGACAUCAUCAGUCUGAAAGAGGAUGGGAUAGAAAAGCAGUUUAUGGAAAAUGGUCGUUUUAACAAAGUAUGGAAGAAGAUUGGCGUGUGGAACUCAAACACUGGCCUUAACCUGACAGACAGCAACAAAGACAAAAACGCCAACGUGACCGACUCCAUGGCCAACCGCACACUUGUUGUUACCACGAUUCUGGAAAACCCAUAUGUGAUGUACAAGAAGUCCGAUAAGCCGCUGUAUGGGAACGACCGGUUUGAAGGAUACUGUCUGGACCUGCUGAAGGAGUUGUCCAACAUCCUGGGCUUCUCCUAUGAGGUCAAACUGGUGUCUGAUGGGAAAUACGGAGCCCAGAAUGACAAAGGAGAGUGGAACGGCAUGGUCAGAGAGCUAAUCGAUCACGUGGCAGAUUUGGCCGUAGCGCCGCUCACCAUCACUUACGUGAGAGAAAAAGUCAUCGAUUUUUCCAAGCCCUUCAUGACUCUGGGAAUCUCCAUUCUCUACCACAAACCCAACGGCACGAAUCCAGGCGUGUUCUCGUUCCUGAACCCGCUCUCUCCGGACAUCUGGAUGUACGUGCUGCUGGCCUGUCUCGGGGUCAGCUGUGUGCUGUUCGUCAUCGCCAGGUUUACUCCAUAUGAAUGGUACAACCCUCAUCCCUGCAACCCUGAUUCUGAUGUGGUGGAGAACAACUUCACCUUAAUCAACAGUGUUUGGUUUGGGGUUGGAGCCCUUAUGCAGCAAGGAUCGGAGUUGAUGCCCAAGGCUUUGUCCACCAGGAUCGUUGGAGGGAUCUGGUGGUUCUUCACCCUCAUCAUCAUCUCGUCCUACACGGCUAACCUGGCCGCCUUCCUCACCGUGGAGCGAAUGGACUCGCCGAUAGACUCGGCCGACGACCUGGCCAAACAGACCAAGAUUGAGUACGGUGCCGUGAGGGACGGCUCCACUAUGACUUUCUUUAAGAAAUCAAAGAUCUCCACCUACGAGAAGAUGUGGGCGUUCAUGAGCAGCCGGAAGAACACAGCGCUGGUGAAGAAUAACCGAGAGGGGAUCCAGCGUGUGAUGACCACAGACUACGCUCUUCUGAUGGAGUCCACCAGCAUCGAGUACAUCAGCCAGAGGAACUGCAACCUCACACAGAUCGGAGGACUCAUCGACUCCAAGGGCUACGGAGUGGGCACUCCUAUCGGUUCCCCGUAUCGGGACAAGGUGACCAUCGCCAUCCUGCAGUUACAGGAGGAGGGGAAACUCCACAUGAUGAAGGAGAAGUGGUGGCGAGGAAACGGCUGUCCCGAGGAGGACAGUAAAGAGGCCAGCGCUCUGGGUGUGGAGAACAUCGGAGGAAUCUUCAUCGUCCUGGCGGCCGGACUCGUCCUCUCCGUGUUCGUGGCCAUCGGGGAGUUCAUCUACAGGUCCAGGAAGAACCUGGACAUCGAGGAGGUGAGCGUGGGACAGUGUGAAUGGCACAAUAAAUACUGAUGUAGGAGCUGGUGGACGUCACAGUUUCACACUUUUGCUCGUUGACUCUCCUAAAGACGGACACACACUGACUGAACAUUGCCUGCGGUGUCAUAUGAUGUCAGCUGUGUUAUAACUGGGGGC